AUGCGAAGAUAUAGUUCCACCGAAGAGGACCACGACCAGCGACGGCGUUCGGUAGCAUUGAUGAAUGAGGAAAUUCAGCCAGAGGAGCCCGAUGAACACACGGGGCUUCUCCCCAAGAAGCGCCAUGAUGAAGAGCAAGCACCCAGCCAUCAGGAAGGCGAGCUGCUCGAUAUCCUCCCCGAAGACGACACCCCGACACAGAGGCUCGUUCUUCAUGAAUUCUGGGUCCUAUUCCGAGGUUCUAUACCUGUCAUUUUGGCCUACUCGCUGCAGAACUCGCUCCAAACAGUGUCAAUCUUGAUCGUUGGCCGAGCAUCGCCACAAGACCUCUCCACUGCUGCGUUCUCUUACAUGUUCGCCAUGUGUACGGGCUGGCUGAUUGGCAUGGGAGGAUCAACCGCUUUGGAUACUCUGGCGAGUUCCACUUUCACCGGAAGCAAGAACAAGCAUGACUUGGGCAUCCUCCUGCAACGAGCCUUCAUCGUCCUGACUCUGUUCUAUGUCCCUGUCGCCAUCCUUUGGCUUUGUUCGGAGCCCGUGUUUAAAGCUCUGGGUCAAAGUCCCCAGUUGUCACACGACAGCUCUAAAUUCCUAAGUUGUUUGAUCCCCGGAGGACUGGGAUACAUCUACUUUGAGACGAUGAAGAAGUAUCUUCAGGCUCAAGAGAUCAUGCGACCAGGGACUUACGUGCUCUUGAUCACUUCUCCAAUCAGCGCGUUGUUGAAUUACCUGUUUGUCUAUGUGGCGGGUUGGGGCAUCUUUGCGGCGCCGCUCGCAACUGGCAUUGGCUACUGGCUUUCGUUUCUGGGCCUCGUGCUCUAUGCCAGAUUUGUGGCUGGCGGCGAAUGUUGGGGCGGUUGGACCAAGAGAUGCCUUCAAAACAUGGGUGUCUUUGCCAAGUUGGCCUCCCUGGGGGUGAUUCAUGUCGGGACUGAGUGGUGGGCUUUCGAGAUUGUGGCAUUGGCGGCUGGCCGACUCGGAGAAAUCCCUCUCGCAUCCCAAAGUGUCAUCAUGACAGCAGAUCAAGUCAUGAACACCAUCCCCUUUGGCAUUGGAGUUGCCGCCAGUGCGCGGGUGGGCAACAUGCUCGGUUUACGCACUGCCAAGGGAGCAGCACGAUCGGCCAACGUGGCUGCCUGGCUGAGCAUGCUCAUGGGAGCUAUCGUGUUGGCCAUCCUGAUGGGCACGAAGAACGUCUUUGCCAAGAUCUUCAACGACGAUGAGCGGGUGGUCAAGCUUACCGCCGAUGUCUUGCCGUACGUGGCUCUAUUCCAAAUUGCAGAUGGUCUCAAUGGCAGCUGUGGCGGAUCUCUACGAGGCAUGGGCAGACAGCAUAUUGGAGCUGCCGUUAAUCUCGUCAGCUACUAUUGCGGCGCUCUUCCCCUGGGCAUCUGGCUGGCCUUCCAUGGCUGGGGUCUCCCGGGGCUCUGGGUCGGUCAGUGCAUUGCGCUGUAUCUAGUGGGCAUUGCCGAGUGGGCGAUUGUCGCCUUCAGCAACUGGGAGCACGAGGUUGACAAGGCUUUUGCCCGGAUGGACAAGGACGAGCUAGUGGAGGGCGGCUAUGCCACGGCGUCUGUGGCUCCUUCACCUUCGGAAAAUGGCGCUCAAUGA